GCAAGACCCUGUAUCAAAAUCUAAAAUGUACCCGAAAAAUGUCUGGGGAUAUAGUUCAGUGUGAAGGCCCUGGCUGAUUCGAUCCCCAGUGCCACAUAAAAAGUAGAAUGAUUGUAGCCUAGACAGUAAGAGCUGUUUUGUGUGGAAUUUACUGUCUGUAACUUAAUGAAACAACAGGAAUCUCUGUGAGUACAACACUCCCAAAUGACAAACAGGAAGCCUCAAAUGUUUGUUUAGCUGUAUGUCUAUAUGCUUAGCUAUCCCAGGGAAGCUGUAGAGGUGAGGAAACUGAGCAUUUUAACAGAUGUGACUUCAUUGCAGAAGUUUGCUCUGAAAGGAAAGCACUUCUGAACAACGUUCACAUGCUUAACAUUUGGGAGCAGUGACCGAGUGCAGAAAAAAUGGGGCAAAAAGCAUCACAACAGUUGGCUCUGAAGAACAACAAAGAGGUUCUUGGUGUCUGUGAGGUGGCCAGUGAAGCGAUCGUUCAUGCAGCCCAAAAACUGAAGGAGUAUCUUGGAUUGGAGUAUCCUCUGAGUAAACUCUACCUCACUGCAAAUACUCUGAAUGAGAUCUUCUUAAUCCACUUCAUCACUUUCUGCCAAGAAAAAGGAAUUGAUGAGUGGCUUACUACCACCAAAAUGACCAAACACCAAACCUUACUGUUUGGGGCAGACUGGAUUUGGACCUUUUGGGGAACUGAUAAGCAAAUAAGGCUUCAGCUUGCAGUACAGACUCUACAAAUGACUUCUCUUCCUCUGGUGGAGCCAAAGCCUUGUGACCUCUUCAGUCCACAGUCAAAGACAGAAGAGUCUUCUUGGAAGAAAAGUAGAUUCGAUAAGCUGGAAGAAUUCUGUAACUUGAUAGGAGAGGAUUGUCUGGGCCUAUUUAUCAUCUUUGGUGUGCCAGAAAAACCUAAAGAUGUCAGAGGAGUCAUCCUAGACAGCGUCAAAAGUGAGAUGCUGAGGAGCCGUCUGCCAGGACAGCAGGCUGUGAAACAAUUUGUCCUGGAAACUCCAGAGUGUGUCUCCAUCAGAGAGCUGCUUGGAAACUGUCUGAGUAAGAAGGAUGGGCUGAGAGAGCUGGGCAAGGUUUAUAUUAGCAUCCUCUGAACUGGGUAUGUGUGAGGUGACUGGCCUGUAAGAUAAAAAGAAAAGAGCUUUAUUUUCAUUGACUGAAAAUGAUUACUUGGACAAAGCAUGUUAUUGUCACAAUUAUGGAGACAAAAAAACCCCCAAAACUGGCCGUACAUAAGAAAUACUUACGAUUUAGUUAGACCUGUAUUCAUUGUUCAAUAAUAAAAGUUGGGGGAGGAUAAUAAAGUCAUGCAAAAAGUU